AUGCCACCUGUGCGAAUUGCCGUGGAAGGCUGUGGUCAUGGUAGCCUCAAUGACAUUUAUGAGACUGUGGAUCGCCAAGCCACCGAGAAAGGUUGGGACUCUGUUGACCUUGUUAUCAUUGGUGGGGAUUUCCAGGCUCUGCGUAAUGCCAAUGAUGCGACUUGUCUCUCGGUUCCAGACAAGUUCAAGCAAAUCGGCGAUUUUCAUGAGUACUACAGUGGUGGCCGUGUUGCUCCCUAUCUGACAUUGUUCAUCGGUGGCAACCAUGAGGCGAGCAAUCACCUCGCCGAGCUCUAUUACGGCGGUUGGGUGGCCCCCAACAUCUACUUCAUGGGUGCAGCCAACAUCAUCCGCUUUGGACCUCUCCGAAUCUCGGGGAUGUCUGGCAUCUGGAAGGGUUACGACUACCGGAAGACCCACUACGAACGAUUGCCAUACAACAGAGAUGACGUUUCUUCCGUCUACCAUAUCCGGGAGCUGGAUGUCCGCAAGUUGCUGCAAGUGCGCACCCAGAUCGACAUCGGUCUCUCCCAUGAUUGGCCAAAGGGGGUCGAAAAGCUUGGGGACCAUGCAACACUGUUUCGCAAGAAGUCAGGCUUCAAAGCCGAUUCUGAUUCAGGAAAGCUCGGAAGCAUCGCGGCACGCGAAGCUCUCAAUCACCUGCGCCCUGCCUAUUGGCUUUCAGCUCAUCUGCAUGUGCGUUACACUGCAAAGGUGUCCCAUGAUCCACCUCGCGCAAAUUCCAUUUCUUUGAGUCCCCCCAGUCCUCAUCUUGCUGUGGCCGAUACCCAUGCUGUGGGCGAUUCAAAUGCUGUGUCCGAUACAAAUGCUGUGGCCGAUACAAAUGCCGUUGACGAUACAAAUCAUGCCACUGUGAUCCCACGGAGUAAUGUCAACACCAACACCCUUGCUGGCCACCAAUUGCUUGGUACUGCCACUGGAGACGAACAGUCUCGCAUCAAAGCCUGGAACGAAUUCGGAGUUAACGCUCGACGAGCUGAGAAGGAGAAGCGAGACCAAGACGAUUUUAUGCGUAUGAUCAGAGCGAGAAAGCCGAAACCUCCCCGAAACAUUACGUUUGAAGAAACGGUCAAGAUUGGGCGCGGUCCCGUUCAGACGUUCGUACGUGGCGCCGAUGGAGAAAAAAUCGAACCCGCCCCAGCCGACGAUGAGAGCAUCGAAAACCUCGACAAAGUCAGCCAGGGAAACAGCCCUGUGAAUAUUUCUUCCGAGGAGGCCGUUGCCAAGCAGGGAUCUUCGCUGCUUGCUGAGACCACCGAAGAUGUCCAGACAGCCAAGCAUGUCAAGACAAUGCAGGAUGUCAAGACUACUGACGUCGCUGACAAUAUUGAUAAGAUCAGCAUCUCUACCAGUCCCAGCAGCACCGCGAGCGUUAAAUCUUCUCCAGCUCAGAAGGCUCUUCCAAAAGCCGAUAUCUCUCUCAAUUGGGGUGGUGAUCCCUCUCCUGAUUCCUGGUGGAAUGAUGAUGUGGGUGAUCGCGUUCCUGAAGUGGAAGCCGAACUUCCGAGCAGCCUUGCGCAGUCGUUUGUACCCAAAGCUGCCACAAAUAACUCAACUUCCGAACGCCUUCCACCUCCCGAGAUGAUCAAAAAUCUUGAGACUCAGUUCCUGACCUUGGAUAAGCCACACAAUCAUGAUGCCUUUGUCGAACUGUUGGAGAUUGAGCCAAUUUCCGAACAGGAUGAUGCCCCAGUGGAGUCUCCCCUACGACUCAAGUACGACAAGGAGUGGCUGGCCAUUACUCGUGCAUUUGCCGAUGAGCUCGAGUUUGGUGGACACCCCAAGGGCAAGGUCCCUGCCCACAAGGGAUUUGAAUACUACCAACAGCGUAUCGCCGAGGAGGAGAAAUGGGUACAGGAGAACGUUGUCAACGCUGGGUUGUUGAACGUUCCCACUGACUUCGUCCUGACUGCCCCCGUCUAUGACCCCAAUGUUUCGAUCAAUACCCAAGAGCAGCCGAAGGAGUACACCAACCCACAGACCUCUGCCUUCUGCAAUCUGAUUGGGAUCGAAAACAAGUUUGACAUGGCCGAGGAAGAGCGUCAGGCUCGCAUGGCGGCCGGCCCACGCCCCGAAGAACCUCGUCAGUACACUGGUCGUGGUGGACGAGGUGGUCGUGGCGGCCGUGGCGGUCGUGGUCGUGGUCGCGGCGGCCGUGGUUCUGGACGCGGUGGUUAUGGUAGUCGUGGUGGGCGUGGCAGCACUGAUGCCUGGUAA